GAGGACCUUUCUUCCAAUGGUGAGAGCUAGCAGAAAAAUAACCCAUUUCUAUUUCUUUCUUCCUUUUUUCUUUUUUAACUAAUUUUUCUCAUAACGAUUAACAACUGCAAAAUGAAGAAGUUUUAAAUUUUUAGCAAGGUUCUUCACAUUAGAUUUAAUAAUGAAAAGGGAAACCACAGAUCUUGUUCAUAUGUAAUUUCUGAUCUUUAUUUUUUAGGGUUUUCAAUGUAUAAUAAUAUAUCUUGAUUUUAAUGUUUUAAUACCCAGAACCAAUUAUAAUGUGGAGGAGAUUAUGGACUAGUGGAAUUUUGAAGCAGAGCUUGUCAGCGGUGGUGGGGAGGGACACUCCUCUGCCGUCGCUAUGGUUGGGAUUGGGAUGGAGGCCGAUUCAGCAACCUCCUGGAAGCAGAGGAGAGGCGUCGGCAGCAGUUUUAUUGAGCAAGAAAGUGUUAAUGCCAACAACAUCAUCGUUGUCGCAGUUUUUCUCUACUCAUGCUGGUGAUCGUUGCGAUAAGCAGGAAGGACGAGAAGCAGGAGGAGGAGGAAUAGGAGUUGGUGGUGGUACUGAGAAUAUAACGUACGCGGAGGUGAAGAGGUUGAUGAGGCUGGUGAAUCUGGAGGCAUUGAAGAUGAAGUUAGAGAUGGAAGGGAAGGAGGUCAUCCCUUAUUCUGAGCUUCUGCAAGCUUGCCAGAGCAUGGGUGUUGCCAGAUCUCAAAAUGAAGCCAUUGCUUUUGCUCGAGUCCUUGAUGAUGCCGGUGUUGUUCUUCUCUUCAGGGACAAGGUCUAUCUCCAUCCCGACAAGGUGGUAGAGCUGGUUAAAAGGGCAAUACCUGUUGCCCUGACUAAUGAAGAUGAUCCUGUGAGGACUGAGCUAAAAAUGCUGCAGGAAAGGAAAGAAGAAAUUGAUAUGCUGGCACAUAAGCAAGUUCAGCGCAUCCUUUGGUGUGGGCUUGGGCUAGCUUUGUUGCAGAUUGCGCUAUUCUUUCGUCUAACAUUCUGGGAAUUUUCAUGGGAUGUGAUGGAACCUAUUGCAUUUUUUGUCACGACCACUGGUAUAAUUGUAGGCUAUGCCUACUUCUUGUUCACUUCAAGAGAUCCAACAUACCAAGACUUCAUGAAGAGGCUUUUUCUCUCCAGGCAGAGGAAAUUGUUCAAGAAGCAGAAGUUUGAUGUUGAGAGAUUCAAGGAAUUGCAAAAGAAAUGCAAGACAUCUAUGGAUGCCACUACCUGUCUUAAAAAUCGUGUAGGGUGGGAAGUGGAAUUGGAGGAUGCUAUUUAUAAGGACUGAUUUUUAUUCUUUGCCGUCAUCUUCCUCGAUAUUGUUGGACUUUUCACAUAUUUCAUGAGAAUUUAACACGGUGACCAUAUCAAUCUUGCCUGUUUUAUGCAGGCUGAGCAAACAUUUAACUUCUUGCUGGCUUGUAGAAUCCACUUUUCAAUCUUUUGAUAUGUGGAUUCUUCCAUGCCAAUGGAUUAGAAAUUUUUUUGAUACUUGCAUUCCAUCCCAACAAAUUAUGACAUAUACUUGUACAAUGGACCCGGAUAUAUUGUGCUGUACUUUUUGUUGUUUCAAUUCCCUUAUAAUUUUAAUUAUGAGAUACUGGAAUUAUUUUCUGGCA